AUGCCGUUCGUGGACCUGCAGUCGCGGCUGGGCAUCAACCUGGACCGCUGGCUGGUGCUGCAGAGCGGCGAGCAGCCCAACAAGCGGGCGGCGCGCUGCCACGCCUUCGAGAAGGAGUGGGUCGAGUGCUCCCACGGCAUCGGGCAGACCCGCGCCAAGAAGGAGUGCCAGCUGGAGUUUGAGGACUUCUACGAGUGUAUGCACCGGCAGAAGACGGUGAGCCGCCUCUCCGUCUCCGAUAAGGCUCAAAGGGCAGCAGAAAGCGGCGAUUACAGCCAAAAUAUCCGCUUAGAAGCCGAGAGCCGGACUGGUUUUAGUCUGAGUUCUUCUUUACAUCCAGCAAAAGGCUGGAGAAGGAGAGGAAACAGCUGUAUGUGA